ACAUCUCCACCCUCCAAUCUCAGUUCAAAACACGUAACUAGCUUUUUCUUCUUCGAGACUGUAGAGAGAGUGAUGUUCAAGCUCAAAGCCAAGAGAAAAAGAAAACGAUAAACUUAGAAAGAGCAGAAAGAUGAGUGUUUGAAUCAAGAUCUACUUGAUUUUCACUUUGGCCAAGAUUUUCUACUAACAUUUCAGGGAUUUUUCAUUGAGUUCAAAACCCAUUUGAUACUUGUUUUCACAAACCCAUUUUCUUGAUUUUCUCUUAUUGCUUUUUUUUAAGGAUGUUGAGGGAUUUCAAAUUUUUGCGCCGGAAUACCGGGAAGAACGAUGAGCCGGAGAACAUUCCUGUGAACCGGAAUGAUUUAUCGGCUAUUCGAAUAUCUUCGGAUUCAUCUAGAGCUCCUUUAAACCCUAUACAAGAGCCCACUUCAUAUACCAAGCAAGAACAAGAAGCGGGUGGUGGUCGGAGUAAGGUUGAUAAGACUCCGAGUAAGGUCAAGACCAGAGUUGCAGAUCCAGCAUUGCCUCUGCGCACGCCCGACAAGUAUGGAGCUGGGUUUUCAGCUAGGCAGCGAUUCGGGUGGGCAGCACAGAAGAACGAGCUUGGAGCUACUACCGGUGAUUUGCACGAUUUGCAAGUCCGGGGAGCUGGAAUUAGUAAUGGAGGUUUUGCGAAUAUGACGCCUCGAACUACAACGAGAACAGUUGGGAGAGCUGGUUCGAAUUUUUCAGAGACCAAUUCGACGCAGAGCACUCCCACUAAAAGCGUUUCUAAGCCUCCGGGUUCGAGUCUCCGGAGCAAGGUGGAUGGAGUUGGUGGUGCUCGAACGGGAAACUUUGCUGCAUUGUACAAGGGCACGCCUAUUCCUUCUGGUUCGUGUACAGUGGUUAAUACAGUCGAAGUCCCUCACUUUAAUUUGAAAGAAGAUCCAUCUUUCUGGAUGGAGCACAAUGUACAGGUCGUUAUUCGUGUUCGCCCUCUUAAUAGCAUGGAGCGAAGCACAAACGGAUACAAUAGGAGCUUGAAGCAGGAAAGCUUUAACACCAUUUCUUGGAUUGGCCAUCCAGAAACUCGGUUCACAUUUGACCAUGUCGCCUGUGAAACAGUAGACCAGGAAAUGCUUUUCAGGAUGGCAUGUCUUCCUAUGGUUGAGAAUUGCCUUUCGGGGUACAAUAGCUGUAUGUUUGCAUAUGGUCAGACAGGAAGUGGAAAAACAUAUACAAUGCUUGGGGAUAUUGAAAACCUAGAAGUCAAGCCCAGUCCACAUCGGGGGAUGACACCACGCAUAUUUGAAUUCUUGUUUGCUAGGAUCCAAGCUGAAGAGGAAAGCAGGAGGGAUGAGAAACUAACAUACAAUUGCAAGUGUUCUUUCUUAGAGAUUUACAAUGAACAGAUCACAGAUCUUCUUGAUCCCUCAUGUACCAAUUUGCUUCUCCGUGAGGAUGUUAAGAAGGGUGUUUACGUAGAAAAUCUCUCUGAAUUUGAAGUUGGGACUGUGAGCGACAUCGUAAAUCUUCUAAUUCAGGGUUCUUCAAAUAGAAAAGUUGCAGCUACAAAUAUGAACAGAGAGAGCAGUCGUUCACAUAGUGUAUUUACCUGUGUAAUUGAAAGUAGAUGGGAAAAGGACUCCACGACUAACUUACGGUUUGCUAGACUAAACUUGGUUGAUCUGGCUGGAUCAGAAAGGCAGAAAACUUCUGGUGCUGAGGGGGAGCGUUUGAAGGAAGCUGCUAACAUUAACAAAUCUCUGUCUACAUUAGGUCAUGUUAUAAUGGUUCUAGUGGAUGUGGCUCAAGGGAAGCCAAGACAUAUUCCUUAUAGGGACUCGAGGCUUACCUUCCUCCUUCAGGACUCACUUGGUGGGAACUCAAAGACGAUGAUUAUUGCAAAUGUCAGCCCUUCUAUUUGCUCUGCAGCAGAAACAUUAAACACUCUUAAGUUUGCUCAGAGAGCAAAAAUGAUCCAGAAUAAUGCUGUAGUGAAUGAAGAUUCUUCCGGGGAUGUCACCACUCUGCAACACCAAAUACAACUUCUGAAGGAGGAGCUUUUUAUUCUGAAACGUCAGAAUGUAUCAAGAUCCUUAUCCUUUGGUCUCCCCACCGCUGAUGAUACGAGACAAGAACAGGAAAGUGGUUUUCCUGGACAUGUGUGUGACAUGGAUGUAGAAGAUGAUGAUUUGCUGAAAACUGAAUCCAAAGGCACUGUGAGAAUGUCUACUAAACAGUUGAAAUGUUUGGAGACAACGCUUGCUGGUGCCUUGCGGAGGGAGCAGAUGGCAGAAACUUGCAUUAAGCAACUUGAGGCUGAAAUAGAGCAAUUAAAUCGUUUGGCACGUCAAAGAGAAGAAGACACCAGGUGUACUAAGAUGAUGCUCAGGUUUCGAGAAGACAAAAUUAGAAGAGAGGGGGCACUUGUUAAUGGUUCUAUUCCCGCUGAGAGUUAUUUGGUAGAAGAGAACAGAGCUCUAUACGAAGAGAUUCAACUACUUAAGGCUAAGCUAGAUAAGAAUCCAGAAGUAACUCGAUUUGCUUUGGAGAAUAUAAGGCUUUUAGACCAGCUUAGAAGAUUUCAAGAAUUCUACGAAGAAGGAGAGAGAGAAAUACUCCUGUCUGAAGUAUCCAAAUUGCGAGAUCAGCUACUUCAAUUUCUCGACGGAAACUCUGUACAGCAUAGUCAUCCAAAUCUUAUCACAGAACCUGAGGAAGCCAUUUACAUGAACAAGAAGAAUGAUUCUUUUAUUCAAGAGUUGGAGAAAACUCUUACUGAACUUGAGGAAUGCAGGUGCAACUUAAAAGCUUGUUUGGAUGAAAAUGCAAAACUCAGUAGGGAGCUAGAAGAUGCACAAUCAAUGUUGAUCAAUGUUAAGUCUAAGCCUGCUGAUCAAAUAGAUAGUGUUAAAACCACAGAGGAUUCACAAGAUUUAGGACCUUUCGACCUUAAUAAUGCUGUUCAAAUUGAGGAGAUGGAGGCAAAGCAUGAAUCCAUACUAACUAAGAAUGCAGAAGAAAUUGUGAACUUGCAAUUGGAAUUGGAUAUAAUAAAGAUUAUUCUCAAAGAAGAGAAAUGGUCUGCUGAAAAUUUGGAGGAAAGAGUAAUAUGCUUAAACAACGAACUUGAGCGUGCAAAAGAAGAUUUAUUUUUGACGAGCAAACAUCAUGAAGACACAAAGACAGAAUUGAUGGAAGCUAAGUCUGUUAUUAAGGCUAUGGAGUCUCAGCAGAUUUUGUCUAUCAAUGAAAUGGAAGACCUAAGGAAUUCUAACAGCCGUUAUAUGCAGCUUUUGAGUAAAUAUGAAGUUGAAAUUAUGGCUCUACAAGAGCAACUUGCUUUGAAGGAGCUAAAGGAUGUCUCACCUACAAACUGUUCAGAGAAUGACAGCUCUCUGUUGCAGGAAAAGGUGAUGAGGAUGCAAUGUUCCCUUGAAAAGGCCAAGAGACUGAACACAUGGUACCAAAAUGAUCGUGAAUUUCAUGUCUCUAAUGAUGAAGAAAUGGAUCAGGUUCGCUCGCAGGUUGAGGCUGAAACUGCUGAGGUGAUUGUAUGUAUGCAGGAAGAGUUGGCCAUACUUCAGCAGCAAGUUCAGGAUAGUCAUUUGAAGGAAGUAGAGAUGAAAAGGAAUUUAAUGCUUUCAGAAAGUGAAUUAAAGGAGGUUAAUGAAAAAGUGAACCUCCUGAUCAAAGAUAAUGAGAGUUUAAGUGCUAAGCUGGAGGAGAAAGAUAUAGAAUUAAAAAGUUUAUCUGAAGAAUGGUCUUUGUUAACUAGCGAGAUUGAAGCAGUUCUUUCAGAUGGGUGUGAGUUACUCAUUGAUGCUUCUGAUCAACUUGAACAUAUAUCUAGCUCUUUUCCUCAAAAAUGGAUUUGGAUAUCUGAACAUGUUGGUAGGAUGGUAAGAACCAUAUCUGAAAAAGAAUUAUUGAUUGAAGAAUUGAGAAGAUGUUUAGAGGAUGCAAACAACAAACAAAGUGACGUAGAAAGUAUGCUGAAGUCAUUGAGAGGAGCAGCGAUGGUUAUCACUGAAGCUCACCAGAGCGAAUACAGUGAAAAAGAGAAAGAUAUCCUCGCCUUGACAUCACAGUUGAGUUUAAAAGCAUCGACCAUAAAUAAGCUGGAAAAUAGACUGAAACUACAGGAAGAUGAGUUAAAAAAAGCAUCAGUUUGUGCAACAGUUGCUUUUGUCAUUGUCAACAGACUAGAAGAAGUGAAUCAUCACAAUCUUGAUGAAUUAAAGCAUAAGAAUAUCCAACUUAGUAAAUCAGAAGAAACUAACAUGAGGAAGGAUGCCCUCUUCUGUGAACAGGCUGUCGUAGUUGAAGAAGCAGAUAAACAGAUCAUGUGUUUGAGAGCAGACCUUGUAAGCUUGAAGGAAAUUUCAUCUGAUCUAAAACAGAAGCUUUCGGAAGAGCAAAAACGAACUUAUGCUAUGACAGAAAAGCUUAAAGAUGUUGAAGAGAAUAAUAUAUUAGUUGCAAAGGAAAAACUAGCUGAGCUAAAAUAUGGUGUUUCCUCACUCAAAUCAUGCAUGGGCACCCAUGUGGAGCAGUAUAAAAGUCUUGAAAGGGAUAGUCCACAAGAAGAUCGUACAUCUUUUGAUGGAGAAGGUGCAGGUCAAAUAGCUACCGAAAUAUAUCAAGAUGAUGAUGUUGACAGUGAAAUUGUUGAAGACUCAGGAACAGAUAUCUCUAAGUCUUCUCUUGACGUAGAGAAGAAGGUAUGUUUUCAUUCAUGUGAUCAGGAUAAGUUCAAGUCUUUCCCUUGUGAGGAUAAAUGUGAUAGGGACACUACUAUUAUUCUUCUGAGAAGGGAAAUGGAAUCUGCCCUUCAAAGUUUACAAGAGGUGCAGGUUGAGAUGGAAAAGCUACGAAGAGAGAAUAAAGACAUACUGAAAUCUGAACAAAAAAGUCGCGAAAGCAUGAAAUGUUUUGCAAACCAGGUACAAAAUCUACAAGCAACUUUGAGUGACUUUGAAGUUCAAUCCAAACUGAAGAUGGAAGCUCUGAAUCAAAGGCUAGAGGCAUCUGAACAGAAUGUGGUGGAAGCAUGCUCUCAUUUGUAUGAAACAAGAGAGUUGCUUGAAUUAGAAGUUAAUGAUGCAAAAUUGGUUGCUGCCCAUAAAACUGCUGAAGUUGCUUGCAUUCUCUCAAAAUUUGAAGAAGCGCAGGAUACAAUGAAGGAAGCAGAUAUUAUGAUUAAUGGGCUGAUGAUAGCGAACGAGACCAUGAAGCUUGAAGUAAAAAAAUUGCACAAAAUAAAUGGCAGGUUGAUAAAUGAUAAAGAUAUAUUAGCUAAUGAAGUUCAGAGCUUGCAGUACAUUAACAUCUUCAAAAGUCAGCAAUGUGAACACCUUAUGUCUGAUUUAUCGGAGACAAAUGCCUUGGUUGUAGAACUGCAGGAUAUGGUUGUGGAGGUCCAGGCUGCUUUUAAAGAAAAUUACAUGCUUCUAGCCUCAGACUUCCGUACUGUGAAGAGUGUACUAUCUGACACUUCAAAGCUAGUGAGGACAUGGCUUGAGGAAAUUUGGUCUGAGAUAAUUGGGAAGGAUUGUGCGGUGUCAGUCCUACACCUCUGUCACAUGGGAAUUCUAUUAGAAACAGUGACAGGGCUAAAUGCUGAGAAUGGGCUGCUUCAACAUGGCAUGUGUGAAUCAAAUGCUGUUAUAGCUGAUUUGAAAGAGCACAAUGGCAAGUCAAUUAAAGAGCUUGAGAUGUGUAGGAUGAUCAAGGGAAAAUUAUUGUGUGACAUCAUGAAUGGUUUCGAUCGCAUUUCCAAAAUGGAGGAAGAAAAUCAAGAGCUUAGUGCUAAGCUAGCCACUUUUGAUAAGAAGAUAUCAGAGUUGCAGCUUCAAGAGGAGUUGAUGCUGCAGAGGUCUAACUACAUAGGAUCUCAGCUUGCUAUGUUGAUGACGGAGUUGGACUUGAGUAACAAAAAUUUGGCGGCGUCUCUUUUGGAUCAAGAAAAACUAUUGCAAGACAAAGAGGAGGUCUUUAAAUCACAAUCUGAGUCUUUCAUGAUGGAAUGGUCCGUGAAAGAAUUCGAAUCACUUAUAUUGGCAUCAGAAUUAGAUGAAAUGGCUCUUCGUAAAGCUGACACAGAAAGAGAGCAUAGCCAGUGCUGUACAAUUCUUGAAAAUUUAGAGAGAGAGAUUUUUCUCUUCAAGGUAGAUACAGAACUGAAAGAUCAGCUCUUGACAGAUAAGGAAGUUGAGGUUGCUUGUCAAUUCUCUGUCCUUGAACAGCAAAAGCAGAAAAUGCAGGAGGAGUUACUAAUGCUGAAUUCUUCUUCACGUGAGCUUAAGAAUGAUUUCAGAAAGAAGGAAGCCGAGCUAACUAGAAUGACCAGCUUUGAGAAAGAAAAUGAGCUGCUGAAAAUUGAGAUCGAGAAUUUGAAUGCUGAGAACAGCUUAGUUCUCCACAAUCUGGAGGAGAAGAAUUCCGAUGUUGAAUCAUAUUUAGGCCGUGCUGAUGUCUUUGAGAAAGAAAAUCACAGGUUACGAAACAAUAUUUUAUUUUUGGAGACUCGCAUUGCCAAUCUAGAGAUGGAUUUCAAGCUGAAAACUGAUGAACUUCACGAACUCCAACAAUCUCAUUAUUCUAUGACAAAAGAGUUAUGCUUCAACAGUGAAGACUUGCAAGCCUACACUAGCAGUAUUAAUACGUUGAAAGAAGAAAAUGUUCUUUUGCGAGAAGAGCUAGUGUCUUCCAAGAGAAGCAAGCAUGAACUCCUCACCAUGGGCAGCUCUGACAUCGAGAAGUGUGUUGAUUUGAUGGAUAGCAGAAUAAAUUUUCUGAAGGAAGGAGGCUUUGUGAACGUGGAUAAAAUGCUUAAAGAAAUAUGUGAAACUGCAGAGAAGACAAAUGAGUUUAUGGAGCAGAUUGAGUGCCUAAAGGGCCUUGCCAAAGAGCUGGAAUCUGAAAAUAUGUCUCUUCAAACAGAGCUACUAAGGAAGGAUGAUGUUCUCAAAGGCUUGUUAUUUGAUUUGAGCUUGUUGCAGGAAUCUGCAUCCAAUACCAAGGAUCAGAAAGAUGAAAUAGAGGAAGUAAUGGCAUCACUUGAGGCUUUAGAAGAUGAGCUUUUGGUGAAAUCAAUUGAGCUCGACGAGGCCAUGGCUGCAAAGCAAAUGCUUGAAGCUCAGUUGCACGAGAAAACAGACAGAAUUGCCACUCUUGAGUUGAGUAUCUCAAAAGAUUGCGAGUCUCGAGAAGUUCUUCGCAGUGAAAAUUUGGAACUGAAGGCUCAGCUAGAAGAUGCUUUGACUGCUAAAAGUUCUGUUGAGGAGGAUUUGACUGAGACAAGGAAGGUAAAUGAGAGCUUAGAAAUGGAGCUCAUGGAAAUGGGUAAUGCUAUUGAUCGUUUGAAUGAUUCGAUAGAAUCUCUGAGAAGCAAUCUAGAUGAACUUGAGAGCGAGAGGGAUCAACUACGGCUGGAAAUGCUUGGUUUGAAAAACAAGCUUGAAGCAGAACAGGCACGGGCGGAAGAACAAGAAGCAAUUGCAAAGGAAGCUCAAGAGAUAGCUGAAUCUAAGAACAUCUAUGUUGACGAAAAAGAGGCAGAGGUGAAGCUAUUAGAAAGGUCUGUUGAAGAGCUAGAGUAUACUGUAAAUGUACUGGAAAACAAGGUUGAUAUUGUAAAGGGAGAAGCUGAAAGACAGCGGUUGCAGAGAGAAGACCUAGAAUUGGAACUUCACGCUGUAAAACAACAAACACAAAAUGUUGAAAAUGCUGAUGCUGACAUGAGAAGGUUCUUGGACGAAAAAGAGAAAAGUCUUCAAGAAGCACUUACGCAAAUACAGAUUCUUGAGAGGGAUAUAGUUGAGAAGGACUCGGAGAUUGCCCAGUUCAAGGUCCAUAUUUCUGAGCUAAACUUGCAUGCUGAAGCACAGGCUAGUGAGUACAAACAAAAGUUCAAGGCGUUGGAAGCCAUGGCUGAGCAAGUCAGACCCGAAGGCAGCUUUCUUCAUGCCCUGACUUCUUCACCAAAAAAGACUGAGAAGUUUGCUGCAAAGCCGAGGGGAUCUGGUUCUCCUUUCAAAUGCAUUGGCUUAGGCAUGGUGCAACAAAUAAAAUCAGAGAGGGAUGAAGAUCUUACCGCGGCAAGGCUGCGAAUUGAAGAGCUUGAAUCCUUGGUCGCAAGUCGCCAAAAAGAGAUAUUUACUCUAAACACCAAAUUGGCGGCUGCUGAAAGCAUGACCCAUGAUGUGAUUCGGGACUUACUGGGAGUCAAGUUGGACAUGACUACUUACGUGUCAUUGCUGGACAAUCAGCAAGUUCAGAAGAUUACUGAGAAGACUCGAUUUCAUGAUUUAGAUUCACAAGAUAUGGAUCAGGAGGUUGUUAAGCUGAAAAAACAGCUAACUGAAUUCAUUAAAGAGAGACAAGGAUGGCUAGAGGAGAUUGAUCGAAAACAGGCUGAAGUAGUAGCUGCACAAGUCGCUUUAGAAAAGCUUCGGCAGCGUGAUCAAUUACUUAAAGCUGAGAAUGAGAUGUUAAAGAUGGAGAAUGUAAAUCACAAGAAGAAAGUGAUGGAACUUGAAGGAGAAAUAAAUAAGCUGUCUGGCCAACAAAACCUCCAUCAGCGAAUUCAUCAUCACACUAAAAUCAAGGAAGAAAACAACACGCUCAAGACUCAUAAUGCAGACCUUAGCACCAAGCUGAGGCGGACAGAAGUCAUUCUUUCACGUGUCAAGGAAGAGCUUGCUUGCUUCCGUGCAUCCAAUGGGAGGAGUCCCUACAUAGAUUUUGAUGAGGAGAAGCGGUUGAGCGCAAAAUUGAAGGAAACAGAGGAGGAAAAGGUGCAAUUAGCACAGAAGUUAUUGGCUCUAUGUACCAGUAUUUUAAAGGCAGCUGGAAUUACAAAGCCUGUAAAUGACAUUAACCCCUCUCUUGCUGAAGAAGUACUAGAGCAGCUCAAGAAUAAAAUUACCUCUAUGGAUAGAGAAGUGCAAGAUUUGAAAUACAAGAGUAAGAUUACAAGUGAAAGAGCUCGAUUGUGUGAGCUCAUGCCACAUUCUUCACCAAUUAAUUCUAGAGCAGAUGAGAAACGUCAAACCCCUAAAAAGGUGUCCCAAUCUCCGUACUUUUCUGAUAUGGAUCGUUGAGUGUCAUCAUCUCACGGGGUAAAUAAAUGGUGUAUAGUUAGCUUUCUGCUAACAUGUAUAAUUUACAACUUUUUUGCCCAACAUAUUUGAGGGCGAUUUUUGUUUUUUUAAUGUAAAUUUGUUCUUUUAUGUGGGUCUGUAAAUAUUACAAUUACGUGUGUAACAAAAUUAAUAAAGAAAUCAAUUCAUUCACCCCA